AUGAAUCAAGCCAUAGUAAUGAAUUCAGUAGACGGAAUCAAACAAAUUCAGUAUAUCAUUGCGUUAAAUAAAAUAAUCGAUGCCACUAACAUAAUAUCAGCGUCAUGCAUAUCUAACAACCGGUUUUGUGUUUUUCUCAAAUGUCAACAAAUAACUAAUGACUUAAUAAAUAAACAUUUAGCCAUAUACAUUGAUAAUAUCGAAAUACCGAUACGCAAGUUAAUUAACCCGUCAAAACGCAUUAUUCUAUCAAACGUAUAUCUCGCUAUCCCUAACAAUAUCAUAAUUAAAGCGCUCGUUAACCUUGACGUAAAAAUAACGUCUCCAAUCACUGCGUUGAAGGCUGGCUUCCAACUAGACCAAUUUGCCCACAUCACUAGUUUUCGAAGACAACUAUACAUAAAUCCAAAACAUUUUCCAAAACUCCCCGGUUCGAUCGCGAUUGCUUUAGAGAAUACCACAUACCGUAUCUUUAUUACCGAUGACACUGUCACCUGUUUUCUAUGCAAGAAAACAGGUCACGUAUCAUCUUCAUGUAAAACAACAUAUUUUAACGAAAUUAUAUCUGAGGAUAUGGACAUUUCAAACGAGCAAACAGCCACAGAUAUCAAAACCAACCAACCCAAUGAAAAAAUCCCGAACACCAAUGAGAUUUCUAACGAACCUAAGACGAUAAAUUCCAAUUCAUUUUUAUCGCAAAAUAUGGACUCCCCAAAUGAUAAUUCGGCCAUAAAAAUCCAUAGCUAA